UCUUACAAUAUGGCUAUUAUCAAACCUGAUGCUGUACUCAGGAGAAAACAUAUAGAAAUUAAGGAAAAAAUUGUCAAAGAAGGAUUUAUCAUAGAAGCAAAGGACAACAUGCUUCUCCCUGAACUGCUAGUGAGGGAGUUCUAUAGUCGGAAUGCAGACCAGCCCGACUUUGAAGACUUCGUAUCUUUUGUGACAAGCGGCCUAAGCUGUGUGCUCAUUACAUCUCAAGGAGAAGAAGAAGAGGUUAUCCAGGAAGAAACUCUACCUCAGUCUGAUGCAGAAGAUGAAGAAUCACUUGAGUAUCCGGAAGAGACUCAUGUUAAGUUUGCACCUAUGGUGUCAAAGAAGAAACGGGACAGUUUGCAAGGCUACUUGGAAAGACAACACAUAUCUGAGUUUUGCGAUGUUGAGGAUGAUGCGUCUAAGGUUUCUCAGAUGAUUGACAUCUUAUUCCCUGAUUUCAAAACCAUGAAAAGCAAGAAUAUACAAAGGACCCUGGCAUUACUGCGGCCAGACGUCUAUGAGGAAAAUAAAGAUAACGUUUUGAACAUUAUUCAGAAAGAAGGGUUCACCAUACUGUUGCAGAGACAAAUGUCAUUGUCAGAGGAAGAAGCCAGAACAGUGUGCAAGAACUAUGAGAACGAAGAAUAUUUUAACAAACUUAUAGCAUUCAUGUGCAGCAAUCCAUCUUACGUCCUUGUUCUAUUGAGGGAAAACAGUGUGGAAUAUUGGAAACAGUUAAUGGGACCAAAAACUGUUGAGGAAGCUUAUGCAUUAGAUCCAGAGAGCCUCUGUGUACAGUUUGCCACAGGAAAUUUUCCUAUCAACCAGUUCUAUGGAAGCAGUUCAAAGGUGGCAGCAGAGAAGGAAAUAGAGGAGUUCUUCCCUCCUCAGGCCACGCUGGCAUUGAUCAAGCCUCACGUGACUCAGGAACAACGAUUGGAGAUCCUGAAGAUCAUUAAAGAUGCAGGAUUUGAGUUGACCUUGCUGAAGGAAAUACACUUGACUCCAGAGCAUGCAAACAAAGUUUAUUUCAAAAUAACAGGAAAAGACUUUUAUAAAAAUGUCUUAGAAGUCUUAUCUUUGGGCAUGUCUGUACUCAUGGUUCUGACCAAGUGGAAUGCUGUUGCAGAAUGGAGACGAAUGAUGGGUCCAGUAGACCCAGAAGAAGCAAAACUACUCUCCCCAGAUUCCCUCCGAGCCAGAUAUGGAGUAGACAUUUUGAGAAACGCUGUUCAUGGGGCGUCUAAUUUAUCUGAAGCAGAAACCACCAUCAAUAAUGUGUUCACAGAGGGAAAUGAGGAGGACAUAGAAGAACACUAGAAAAACCAUAAAGCACAGCCUUCUAUGAAAAGCAGUAACCAACAUUCCUCCAAGAAAAAGACAUGUCAAAAUGAAAACUUGCAUGGUUAUACACGGUAACAAUAAAAGUCAUAACACCCCUCAAAA